UCCAUAAACCCUUACUCCACCUCUUUUAGGCUCUGCUCCUUUAUUUUCUUCUCACUGAUGGAUCAUGAAGCAUCGCUAGGAUUCUGUGAUGAUAUGGGCGAUGAAAGGGAUUUGUCUCAUCAUCCUUCACUUUCCCAUUCUAAAACUGAUAUGUACGAGUGUGCUUCUCUUUCCUUAGUGGAAUCUCUGGGAUCGUAUGAUGAAAGAAAAACUAAUUUUGACUUGAGACAUCAUCCUAAUCAAACUUCAAAUGAAUGGAAAAAGGAUUUAGAUUCAGACCCAUUAUUUGAAGAUUUUAUCAAUCAUCACGAGGACUAUUUGCUGCCAACUAGUUUUGGCAAGCAAAAGUUGACAUAUUGUAGAAGCAAAGUUAAGAAAAAUCACAAGCCUCCUGCUGAUCAUUUGUUUCAAACAGAACCAUUUAGUCUAAUUCUUCCCAGAAGCAUAGAGUCAAUGUGUAAAAGAAGUGGCAAAAAACAGGUUGACAGUCUUGAAAGCUCUUCUGAAUUAGUACUCAGAUCUGGAAUGGUUCUGUUGAAGAAGUACCUCAGCCUAAGUAAGCAGGUUGAAAUAGUAAAUAGAUGUGAAGAGCUAGGUGUGGGUCCAGGGGGAUUUUACCAGCCUGGUUACCAACACGGACCGAAACUUCAAUUACAUAUGAUGUGUCUUGGUCGAAAUUGGGACCCGCAAACGAAAUAUAGCGACCAUUAUAGAAGUGAUGGUUCUGAAGCACCACCAAUUCCUGAUGAACUUAUUCGGUUGGUCACAAAUGCACUUCAAUAUUCUCAAUAUCUUAUAAACUCAGAGGAUGAACUUCCUAUGAUGUCCCCAGAUGUAUGUAUAGUCAACUUUUAUGCAACCUCUGGCCGACUUGGUCUCCAUCAGGAUCGUGAUGAGAGUAGCAAUAGUCUCAGUAGAAGAUUGCCUGUGGUUUCCAUCUCCAUUGGCGACUCUGCAGAUUUCUUGUAUGACGAUACGAGAGACGUCAAAAACGCUGCCAAGAUUUUGCUAGAAUCAGGAGACGUAUUGAUAUUUGGUGGCAAGUCUAGGCAUAUUUUUCAUGGGGUAACUACCAUCAACCAGGACUCAGCCCCUUUGCCAUUGUUAAAACAAACCAUGCUCCGGCCGGGCCGUCUUAACCUUACUUUCAGACAAUUUUGAUCUGGGUUUGCUGGAAGAAGUAACAUACAGUUUUGGUGGUCUUUUGUUUCUAGCGAUUAUGAGACUAAAUCUGUGACCAAACACGGAACGAAGGAUGCUAAUGAUUGA